AUGAUUAACACAGGGAAGCUGGCAGGUCGCACUAUUUUUAUUACUGGCGCUUCCAGAGGCAUUGGCAAAAGUAUAGCUUUAAAAGCGGCAAAGGAUGGUGCAAAUAUUAUUAUUGCUGCUAAAACUGCUGAGCAACAUCCAAAGCUACCGGGUACUAUUUAUACAGCAGCCAGCGAAAUUGAAGCAGCUGGUGGUAAGGCUCUGCCUUGCAUUGUAGAUGUGCGUGAUGAGACACAGGUAAUUAACGCAGUGAAAAGUGCAGUUGACAAAUUCGGUGGUAUAGAUAUUCUUGUGAACAAUGCGAGUGCUAUUUCUCUAACAGGUACUCUUGCAACUGAAAUGAAAAGAUAUGAUUUGAUGAACAAUAUCAACACUAGAGGAACCUUCCUUGUAUCGAAAGUUUGUAUACCAUAUUUGAUGAAAAGCACGAAUCCGCAUAUAGUCAACAUAAGUCCCCCACUGAGCAUGAAGCCAAUUUGGUUCAAGAAUAAUGUCGCAUACACAAUAGCAAAAUAUGGAAUGUCAAUGUGCGUUCUUGGAAUGGCAGACGAACUUAAACCAAACGGAAUCGCAGUAAAUGCUGUUUGGCCAAAGACAGCCAUACAUACUGCUGCAAUCGAGAUGUUAUCAGGCCCAGAAUCGAGUAAUUUCAGCCGUAAACCUGAGAUCAUGGCAGAUGCUGUUUAUGCAUUGCUUUGCAAAGAUAGCAAGAUUGUUACUGGGCAGUUUUUAAUCGACGAAGAUAUACUGAAAGGCGAGGGCAUUACAGAUUUUACAAACUAUGCCUGUAACCCAGAAAAUAAAGAUAAUUUAAUGGUGGACUUUUUCAUAGAAGAUAACAUUUCAGUUAUCCAAAAUAAAUUUAAUCCGCAAAUCUCCGACGAAACGAGAAGUGGGACUGGAAAGGUAGAAGGUAUAUUUAGUGCCAUUAAUGCCAAUUUAAGUACUGAAUUGGUCAGCAAAACUGGCGCUAUAUUUAAAUUCAAUGUCAAAGGAGAUGAAGCUGGCGUGUGGUUCAUCGAUUUGAAAAAUGGAAAAGGUGCUACUGGGAAAGGAGAACCGAGUCAACCAGCAGAUGCAACACUUACAAUGGAUUCACAAAAUUUUUUUGCCAUGUUUUCAGGUAAACUAAAGCCUACUGCUGCUUUUAUGUCAGGUAAGUUGAAAAUUAGCGGAAACUUACAGAAAGCAAUGAAACUGGAGAAACUGAUGAGCAGUCUAAAAUCUAAAUUGUAAACUUGAAGUAUGUGAUAUGCGAGUUGUUUUGGAAGAUCAUGAAUAAUAUAUAUUCUAUUAUAUAUUUUGAUAUAUUACAGAAUACAAAAUAUAACAAUCUUCUCCAAAAAGAAACUAUAAAUAUAUUUUAUACGCACAUAAAUAUGUGCAAUAUUUGCUAUUUGUAAGAAAGAAAAAUGGCAUGAUGUUUCGCAUUACUUUUUUAGCUAAUAUGAAAUCGAUAAGUAAUUCAAUAAAUAUUUCGUUUAAAUAGAUGUUAGCAAAAAAUUGGCAUUUUGCGAAUGUUUAAAAAGAUUGUUUUUAAUCAAAUAUCGAUUCAAAAUAACACUUUUACACUUGCGACUAGCAAAGUUCUUAUUCUAUAAUUAUUAAGAUAUACAUUACAUACCUUGUGUAGAUAAAAUGUAUUAC